AUGGCUUACCCAACUGGCCCGUCUAACCUGCCUACCGGCCUGCCUCGCUAUAACCAAUGUGACAGCUUCUUCGUGGAGUCAAACGAGGACGGCAUCUAUGCCAUGCGCGCUGAGGCCCGUGAGCGCGAACGGGCGGUAGCAAGGAUGCAACAGCGUGCUCUCGCGGAAGAUCUCUCCAGAGCGACCGCCGAAGAGUAUCAAGAGGACAUCAUGGAGCACAUGGAAAACAUGGAGUCGCAAACUCUGCCCGACGUCAACUCGAUCGACAUCCAGUCAGAGAUCCAAUGGUUCAUGCGCCCUUACCUGCUUGACUUCCUUAUUGAGGCCCAUGCCGCUUUUCAAUUGCUCCCAGAGACCCUCUUCCUUGCGGUGAACUUGCUCGAUCGUUACUGUUCGCGACGUGUCGUCUACAAGCGUCACUACCAGCUCGUCGGCUGCGCUGCUCUCCUCAUUGCUGCCAAGUAUGGCGACAAGAAGGAUCGUGUCCCCACCGUGCGAGAACUCAAGUCCAUGUGCUGCUCACUUUAUGACGAUGAGAUGUUUACCCAGAUGGAGUGGCACGUACUCCAGACUCUCAACUGGAUGAUCGGACACCCCACCGUCGAUAGCUUCCUCCAGCUUGCACUUUCCGAGGUCGCCUACGACCCCGAGGUUGAGAACAUGACUCUGUACAUUGCCGAGAUCGCUCUCUUCCACAAGGAGUUCGUUUCCACCAAACCUUCCGUCUUGGCUCGUUCCGCUCUUGCCCUCGCAAGGUGCAUCUUGUCCAGGAAUCAAGCAAAGCCAAUUGAGUGGGCUGGAGCAUAUGACCCGCAGACGGUCAUGAGCCUCUCUAACCACUUGUACCAACCAUCCCAGGUGCUUGCGCGCAAGUAUGCCUCUGCCCACCUGUCGAGUGUAUCUACCAUCGUCGAUGACUUCCUUCAACGUCAAGCACAGAUUGCCAGCCGAGUCGCUGCCCCACCUACUCCCCCCGUGACAGGUGCCGUCAACGACUACAAGCCUGCAUACCUCGGUCCUCAGACUCCUCAGAAGAACCAAUACGGCACUGUCGUCCACCAUGGUUGCAUCACACCACCCAUCACGCCUGACAAUGUGCAAUUUGGACAAGGACAUCCAGCCAGACCUCAAGACAAUCACGUGUACCCCACCACGCCGACCCCUGAUCACCCUGCAGUCAUGAUCCAACCUCAGUACUACCACAAUGGCUACCUUCAACCGCAGCAUGAACAGUAG